ACAUCCCAGCGUUCACUUUCGAUCUCUGCACACAAACAAACUUUGGGAGCUGAGAGCAUUAUUAUUUUUUUAGGGACACCUCUUCUUCUUAAUGUCUCAAAGGCCAAAGUCCGUGCGCUAAAGGAGCGGCUGCGGAUGAUGCGCAUUGUUGCGCUGCAGCGCGUCCGUGCAAGCAGAGCCGCGCAGCCGGGCAGAUGCGCUCCGUUCCUGGGCAGAUGGGCUCCGAUCCCGGACCUGCAGCCACCCAGCCGUGGAGCUCCGAUCCCGGACCUGCAGCCCUGCAGGGGAAGCCGUGGAGGAGACGCCUGGUCCGCCUGCUGCUCGUACCUGUGGCCGUGGGCUUGAUCCCCCUCUGCGCGGCGUUUAACCUGGACGCGGAGAGGCGCACUGUUUUCACGGGCCCGCGGGGAAGCUAUUUUGGAUAUUCUGUGGAAUUCUUCACCAACGCGACCAGUAUCAGUAUUCUGAUCGGAGCUCCGAGAGCCGACAGCGGCCAGCCUGACGUCGCUGCAGGAGGAGCCGUGUACUUGUGUCCCUGGAGCCAGAGCAACUGCAGCAUCAUCAACUUUGACCAGCAAGGCGACCGCUAUUUUUAUAUAAAUGACUUAAACACCCAAGUUGAGUUCAAGUCCCAUCAGUGGUUUGGAGCCACUGUCCGUUCCCAUGGCAACAGCGUCCUGGCGUGUGCGCCCCGGUACUACUGGAGGACAGAACACGACACAGCCUUUGCAGACGUUACAGGAUCUUGCUACCUCUCUGUAGACGGCCUCCAAACCUUCGUUGAGUACGCUCCAUGCCGAACAGAAAGACAUGGACCUGCUGGACAGGGCUAUUGUCAAGGGGGAUUUAGUGCAGAUUUUACCAAGGAGGGGAGGGUCAUCCUUGGAGGGCCGGGCAGCUUCUACUGGCAAGGCCAGCUGCUCUCGGCCACCACAGAGGAGAUUGUUAAGGCCUACUAUCCUUCCUACUUCCUGCUGGCGGUCGCCGGACAGAUCCAGACCCGGCAGGUCCAGGGGAGUUACGAUGACAGCUACCUGGGUUACUCCGUGGCUGCUGGGGAGUUCAGUGGAGACGGGGAGGAAGAUUUCGUCACAGGAGUUCCAAAAGGACUCAUGCUGUAUGGUUUAGUGUCCAUAUUAAACGGAGCGGACAUGAGGUCUCUGCUGAACCUGACCGGGGAGCAGAUGGGGUCGUACUUCGGCUACGCCGUGGCAGCCGCCGACAUCAACAACGACGGUUUGGAUGACCUGGCAGUGGGAGCUCCGAUGUUCAUGCGUCGAGGGUCUGAUGGGCGUCUGGAGGAGCUGGGGAAAGUCUACAUCUACUUGCAGAGGGGUCCUUUACUUCUGGAGCCGAGCCCGUCCCAGCUGCUGGGGCCGCAGGCCUUUGGCCGCUUCGGCACCUCUCUGGCUCCUCUGGGGGAUCUCAACCAGGACGGAUUCAACGAUAUGGCUAUCGGCUGUCCUUAUGGAGGAGCCGACCAGCAGGGCGUGGUUUUCAUCUAUAACGGCCAUGCUGGAGGACUGAAGGCCACGCCCAGUCAGACUCUCUCUGGACAACGGGCUUCCCGCUCUUUUCCAGCCAGUUUCGGCUUUUCACUGCGAGGCAGCCAAGACCUUGAUCACAACGGGUACCCAGAUCUAAUUAUUGGGGCUUUUGGGGCAGAUAAAGCUUUUUUAUUCAGAGCUCGGCCGAUAGUGAGAGCCAGGGCUUCGCUCACGGUGCAGCCAACCAUGUUCAGCCAGGACGAGAAGACCUGUCUGCUAAACACAGGGACUGAAGUCACGGCCGUGUCCUGCGCCAGCAUCAGUUUCUGCCUGUGGGCUAGUGGGAAACACCUCCCCUCUACUCUAGGUUUUGUGGUGGAGGUGCAGCUGGACAACGUGAAGCAGAGAAACAAGGAGUCUGUCAGGAGGAUGUUCUUCCUGCAGAACCGGCAGGCCGGUCUGGUCCAGACCUUUAACCUGAGUGAUGGGGAAAGCGUGUGCCACGACUGCAAGAUCUACCUACGGGCUGAGGACGAGUUCCGGGAUAAACUCUCUCCCAUUUACAUCAGCCUGAACUUCAGCCUGGACCGGAACACCCCGCUGGACCAACACAGCCUCACUCCCAUCCUGGACUACCAGACACAGCAGCGGCUGCAGCAGAGGGCCCAGAUUCAGCUGGACUGUGGACAGGACAAUAUCUGCAUCCCUGACCUAAAGCUAGCAGUUUAUAGUGGCAGAGCAGAAGUUUACCUGGGUGAUGAAAAUGCCUUGACUCUGACCUUUAACGCCACGAACGAGGGCGAGGGAGGAGCGUACGAGGCCGAGCUGCACGUGCUGCUUCCACCACAAGCAGACUACAGUGGAAUAGCACGGAAUGAUGUGGGUUUGACUCAACUGACGUGCAGCUACGAGGAAGAAAACCAGACCCGUUAUCUGUCGUGUGAUCUGGGGAACCCCAUGAAGUCUGGAGCCAGCAUCUUUGCUGGCCUUCGUUUCACUGUGCCGAGACUGAAGGAUACUGAGGACACUGUUCAGUUUCAGUUCCAAGUACGAAGUAAAAAUGCAAAUAACUCUGAAAGUGAAGUGGUGCUUUUGGAGUUGGAGGUUGCUGCAAUGGCUGAUGUCAUUCUGCAGGGUAUUUCUCGGCCAGACAAAGUCAUCUUUCCUCCUCCUGAUUGGAACAUAAAUCACAGUCUGGAGAAAGAGCAAGAUGUCGGCCCUGAGCUUCAACAUGUUUAUGAGUUGGUGAAUAAUGGUCCCAGUAUGGUCAGCCACUCAACACUAGAGGUGACGUGUCCGUUGAGGGUUGUUGGGCACGAGUUGCUCUACCCUCUGGAGGUGAUCACGGAGGGUCCACUACGCUGCUCCUCCAAAACAGCCUUCAAUGCACUGAAAGUGAAGCUUCAGCCUCCGGCAGCAGAAGGUCCUACGUCACUGAAGUCGAGCACUGAGCACCACAUAGCGAGGAGGGAUCUACUCAGAGAACCUCUGACGGAACAAGGAAACCUGUCGUGUGGGGUGGUGGACUGCUGGGAGCUGCACUGUGACGUGGGGCUGCUGGAGAGAGGGGGCAGCGUCAUCCUGACCGUUCGCUCCAGACUCUGGGCUGAAACCUUCAUGGAGCGGCCGUACACGGAGCACGUGGUGGAGUGCUCCGUUUAUUACCAGGUGAACACCAUGCCUUAUUCUAUUCCUCCCAAAUUCAAGCCAUCCGGGUCCAAAAAGGUGGUGGCCAGCGUGAUGUGGGGCACGCCGGACAGUCAGGUCCUGGUUCCGGUGUGGAUCAUCAUCCUGGCCGUUCUAACGGGGCUGCUGUUGCUGGCUCUGCUCAUAUAUCUACUUUACAAGAUGGGUUUCUUUAAAAGACCUGAUCCGUACGGUACGACCAUGGAGAAAGCCCAUCUCAAGCCCCAGGCGUCCUCUGAAGCGUAAGAACCCGGACCGGGUCUCCCACCGCAGCUGUUUCAAAGUUAACUGGAAGUAUCACAACAUUCCCAAAGCAAGUGGUGGAACUUGCUGAUUGUACGAGCAGGCAGCCUGUUUCAGACGGGACUGUUAUGGGAGCUGUAUCACUGGAAUGCACUAUCGCUGGUGCUGCACUAAUAUGCCAAAACAGAAUCCAUGACAGGGGUCAUGCAGUUGAAUAUGCGCUGCUGUUUGGACAGUCAUUUGUACAGCCCAAAGUUCCUCUGAGGCUCGUGGUUGUGGGAAAUACUUCCUGCAGAGUACCGGUACUCCUCACCUAUAUGGACUCAGAAAAACAAAUGCACCUCCAACAAAAGGCACUAAAGCCACAGCCUUACUUCAUUCCAAAAAGUGGUAUUUUAAUCCAUUUUUGCAGCCUCAGUGUUUCAUAUCUCUUCAAAUCUGUGCUUUUGUAGGAUCUACAGUAUAUACCAGUGGUCCCCAACCCCAGGGCCACGGCCCGGUACAAGGCCGUGGGUCAUCUGGUACCGGGCCGCACAGAGAGAAAAAAUAAUUUCUGUAGCCCCGACUGAUGAUGGUUGACUCUCAAACUGAUGGUUCACAAUGUUUUUAUUCCUUGGAUGUUCAGUAAACACACUGCAAACAGACCGUAAGAGCUAUAAAGGAAUCAAAUAAAAUAGAGUUAGUCUUUCUACAUUCAUAUAAGUUUCAUUUAACUUAAAUACAGACCGACACAGCUGCUCUGUCGGCUACCGUUAACCGCAAUACAUGAGUAACCAUGGCAACCAAACUCAAGCUGGACAUAAAUACGGCAUAACAUGUGCAAAGAAAACAAAUCCUUAUCAGCAGGGGCUUUUGUGUCAGUUAGGCUCCACUUUAGCAUUCCUGGCACUCGUUUAGUCUUUCAGACACACUUUCUACUGCCGUUAAACUUUUACCGUUAAAGUUCGAAGCGCCGAGUGUUAACAAGGUCUCGGUGAGACGCCUUCAAAAUAAAAAUCACUAAUAUAUCGGUCUCCUUAAUAUAUAACAAAUAAAAUAAAUGCUUUUAAGUCUUUAGGCUUAAAGGCUUUAAAUAACGUUAAUGAGAAAACAAACAU